AUGCGCUCCGCAUUCAAGAACGAGCACUCGUUCGAAAAGCGCAAGGCUGAAGCCGACCGCAUCCGCCAAAAGUAUCCGGACCGCAUCCCGGUGAUCUGCGAAAAGGCGGACCGCACCGACAUCCCUACGAUCGACAAGAAAAAGUAUCUGGUGCCCUCGGAUCUCACAGUGGGCCAGUUUGUCUACGUCAUCCGCAAGCGCAUCAAGCUCGCGCCCGAAAAGGCCAUCUUCAUCUUUGUCGACGAGGUGCUCCCCGCCACCGCAGCGCUCAUGAGUGCCAUCUACGAGGAGCACAAGGACGAGGACGGCUUCCUCUACGUAUCCUACUCGGGCGAGAACACAUUCGGCGAGCUGCAAGCGCUCCUCGAGGCGCCCGGAUCGCCCGGUCAAGCAAUCCUCUAUGAAGGCGCAGCGCAGCGCAGCGUCUUUGAAGCGCAGAAAGCGCAGAUCACUGGGGUCGACCCUGACGAGCUGGCCGAUCUGGCUCAUCUCGGCGCGUGGGCACGCCUUUGGGCCGGUUGCCGAUCUCACGCUGCCACCUCUCAACACUCUCAACGCCGGUUUGCUUGUACAACACCCAGAGGCUGCUCAGUUCCGACCAUCAUCAUCAUCUUCAUCGUCCACACCACCACCCUCGCUGGCUUGUCGAAGCAGCUCGACUUUCGACCUUCGACUCUCCACUCACAGCCGCAGCGAGAGUCCAGGUUCGUCAUCGGUCGCAACCGGACCAGUCUGCCCAUCAUGACUGAAGAGCGUCCCAAGGAACCCGAGAUCAAAGUCUCGCAAGACGGCAUCAACACCAACUUUAGCCUGUCUCCGCGCAUCGACCAGGCUCCCGCACGUCCCGUCGGCUCGGUCCUUCGAAGAUCGCAUCACCAUCACAAUCGCAACCACUCCAUCGACACAAAAGAUCGCACAAGCCCCAUCCUCGGCUUUGGGCCCUUGCAGUCUCACGAUCGUCUCUGGAGUGCAGCCGACCUUGGCGCUUCAGACCACCCCGUCGCUCCAUCCGAUGCCACUCCGUCCAUCUCGUUGAGCUCCCUGGAGCCCGGUCGCGCCCUCAAUGGCUCCUACGAUCCCGCAUCUGGCUUCUCCGCCUCCCGCUCCAAACCCGUCUCCGCCGCCCUCAGCGUUGGUGCGCGCAAAAUCAGCGGCGGCUCCGCCGGCUCCAGCAGCAGCAGCAGCAGCAGCACAGGCAGCGCCUCUCCAGAAGCCACCAUCUCGUCCGACUCGCGGCGACCCCACGCCCGCACUGCAGACCGCUUCCAGGUCAACGGCACAAAUCACCACUUUUCCGAAGGCAGCACCAGGCGUACCGCCUCUCCCGCCCGCUCCUUUCCCGGCGCUCCCAUCUCGCCCCGCCUCCAGUCCACCAUGUCGGCCCACGCUGGCCUCGCUCACGCACGCCGCACCAGCGCCGAUCUCUCUCCCGUCCCCUUCCGCGCGCCCUCACCCAUCUUUCUGCCUUCCACCUCGCCGCCAGCCGGCACCGUCAAUCCGGAUUCGCAGCACAGUUGGGACUCGGUAUGGCCGCGCUCUUCCACGCCCGACCGCGCCGAUCAGCUGCGCAGAAUAGGCUCCAUCUCUCCCGUCGCAGGUUCACCCGGUCGCUCGUCGCCCUCGACGCUCUCGGACUCGGUCAAUCUGUCGCAUUCUCCCUCGGCGUCGUUCGAGUCCAGCUCGCCACUCGCAGCUUCCAACACCAUCCUCGGUCGACCUCAGCCGCGUCGGCCCCACGAGCUGCGCGGCUCGUCGUCAUCGCCCAUCCUCCGCAUCAGCCCUGCCGCUCUGCGCGACAGUCACGACCCCGCCAAAAGCCCGCGCAGGAGCCUCGAGACCGCCCGCUCUGAGCCCGUCGUCAAGAUCGGCUUCAACCCUCCGCCUGCCUCUGCCGACGCACCCACCAUCCAGACUCCGGCAAACAGGGUGCUCUCGCCUGCCACCGAGGCCGUCCCUCACGUCGAUGCGGCCAAUGCGCUUGCCUCGCAUCGCUCCGGCGGUGCGUCUCAGUCCUGGGCGCAAGAGAGGGCCGAAUCACCCUCGGCCACCUUUGCAUCGGAUCCCAGGAAGCGUACCGGCUCUGGUUCGGGGCCAAUGAUGCAAGGCCUCCCACUACCACCGAGAACUCCAUCUCCCAAGAUGUCGCCCACAUCGCCGCGGUCCCCCUUCCUGGAACUUGCUGGCGCUUCCACUGCCGGGCCGAGCUCCUCCAACAUGGGCCUCAGCGAAAGCCCGCCCAAGACGCGCAGCUUCAUUGCCAUGCCGCCUAGAUCCGGCUACGAGCUCAGCGAUGAUCCAGAUGACGUCGGCUCCGAGGAAGACGGCUCCAACUCCGAGAGGGAGAGCGUCGGCACCAACGACGAGGAUCUCGAGGGCUCCGAGUACGACGACGACGACGGCAUCACCGAUGCCGAUGCCAUCGACGAGGACACCGAGCACACACCUGACCACGAUGCCCGCCAAAAGUCGGAAGACGACAACGACCAGGAAUCGCAGAUCAGCGAUGUUGUGCCUGAGCGACCCACGCUGCCAAAGCGGCCAAGCCUCACGCGCUCCGGUGUGGUGCCGCCGCCAAUCACGGUCUUGGAUCACGUUCGCAGCCCCAUGGAUCCGCUCGCGCAGGCCGAAAGCUCGGCUCGCGCUCUGGCUGCUCAGAAAGGGUCGACGGGCAGUGCGAUGCUCAACUUCUUCCGUGACGAGCCUAGCGCUCAAGAGGCACAGCAGCUCGCCAUGGCGAGCGAUGUUGACGCCGUGAUGCCCUCGGCGCUCGGCCUGGAUGCCGGCGACGCACAGCCCCUGGACGCCGCCAUGGACGAAGGCCUCGGCGGCGGCGGCGGCGGCGGCGAGGACAACGAGGACGAAGACGAAGACGACCAAGGAUUCGGCAUGGGACCCGAGCACGCCGAGGACAGCCUCAACACGCUCGAGCGCAUCUUCCUGUUUGCCAAGAGCGAUAUGGCGUACCACCGCGUGCUCGUCUCGCAGUCGCUGCCCGAGUGGAUCCGCGAGGUGGAGCUGAGCGAUGCGGUCGAGUACAUCAUCCCGCUGCUCAACGGACUCGCCACAGACGAGCUGGAUGUGUGCGCAGCAUUUGCGCCCGAGAUCGGCCGCGUCAUGUGGUUCUUCUUCCGCAACUGCCCGAUCGCCGAGCUCGCCGACGAGUCGAGCGAGAUGCAGCAGAACGGCGACGACGCGCAGCCCGAAAAGGCAUCGCGUCCACGCAUCAGCCUCGCCGCCUUCACCACGCUGCUGUGUGCACUGCUGCUCAACCAAAACACCAUCAUCGCCGGAGCCACGCAGCAGUCGUUGGUUCAUCUGUUUUACAGGCUCGAUCGACGCGAUCUCGAACUGUCCAAGGAGGAGCUCGCUGAAAAGAGCGACCAAGAGGUCAAGGCGCGCCAGCAGGAACAGGACCUGGAGAGCUACGUCACGCACGCCUCGGGUCGCGACGGACAGCCGGUCCCGCACGAAGAGUACCAUUUCGACGAUCAGGCCAGGGCGGCGGUCAAGACCGAGCUACUCGAAAACGUCGCGCUCGCGCUCGCGCACAUCAACCAUGGGCGUGGCGAUGCAGAGGCCAAGGCGGACGAGAGUGCGCCUCUCGAGCACGGCGCCGCUGACAGCCAUGUGCAGAAGGAUGCGGCUGGGGAAGCCAUGGACGAGGAUGCCGCCGGCGAAUCCGAGUCGGUGGAAGCGGUCAACGGAUCGGGCGAGGCCGACGAAUCGAACAGCGACGCCAUGGAAGAGGAGCACGAGUCGCGCGACUCGGCGGCGUCGUGGAGUCAGGGCGGCCACAUGUUUGGCAACGACAGCGAUGGCUCUGCGAGCGACGUGCAGAUCGACGAAGACGAAGAGUCUGCAGUGGCUCGCAUGGCGUCGGUGAGCCUGCUAUCGGCCUUGGCUGCGGACGAACUCAUUCCUCAGGAAGCGCUGAUUGGGCGAUUCGCGCCCGAGGUGCUCAAGCUGAUCGACGACGGCGCGUUCUACGUGCGCAAGGAGGUGGCGAGCUCGCUGGGCCCGCUGUCGCGCAACAUGUCGACGGAGACAGUCAAGCAAACGGUGCUUGGUGCGCUGCACAAGGCGAUCCACGACCGCAACUGGCACGUGCGGCAAGCGGCGUGCUUCUCGCUGCCUGCGGUGUUAGGCAAGCUGGACGAGGAGCUGCGGCGCGAGCAGACGCUGGUCAUGAUGCGCGCGCUGGUGAACGACGUGUCGAGCCACCUGCGCAUGGCGGCGCUCGAGAUCAUCGGCGAGGUGAUCUACAUGUUCCACGGCACCGCGGUGGGCGUUCCCGAGGAGCUGGUGCGCUUCUUCCUGGGCGAGCCGUUCGAUGGACCACCGCAGCAGGGCGACGCGUCGCUGACGUUUGACAAGACGAGCGAUCCCGAAGGCACCGAGGCGCUGUUCGAAGAGGAGAGCGCCAUGAUGAUGGACGAGGCCGGCUCGGAGCUGGGCGUGGGUGUGUCGUCGCGCGCGGAGCACGAUGCGCUGCUGGCGAGCUUCGGGUAUGGCCAGGAGGGGCAGGAAAGCUCGAUGAUGGACGCGGCGCCCUGGGAGCAGAACUUCCGGGGCAACAAUUUCGACCCGGAACGGCCGCUGGUGGUUGCGUACAAUCUGCCUGCGGUGGUGCUUACGCUGGGGGCAGAGCAGUGGAGUCGGCUGAAGCAGGCGCACGCGGAGCUGACGCAGAGCGACAAGCCCAAGGUGCGCAAGAGCCUUGCGGCGUCGCUGCACGAGAUCGCCAAGAUUGUGGGAAAGGAGGCGACGCGCGACGAUCUGCUGCCUGCUGCGACGCGGUUCGUGACGGACGAGGAGGCCGAGGUGCGCACGGCGAUGUUUGAGAACAUGGACGUGCUGCUCACGUGCGUGCCGCAGGCGGAGGCGGAGAAGAUGCUGUGGCAGAUGGUGUCGCUGUGGUCUUCGGGCUCGCUGCGCGACUGGCGGCUGCGAGAGCGGCUUGCGCUGCACAUUCCGAGCAUGGCCAAGCAGUUUCUGCUGUCGGACGAGGAGGGCAAUCUGGUGUCGUUGAUGCAGUUGGCGCUGGCGGAUCCGAUCAGCGCGGUGCGGGACGCGGGCGUGGUGUGCGUGCCCAACCUGUAUCGGGCGUUUGCGGAGCACGACCAGGUGAUCGCCGACGGCUUCCUGGGCAUGGUGAGCGAUCUGGGCGACAGCGUUGGAUACCGACUUCGGGUUGCGUGCCUGCUGUGCAUCGGAGCGCUAGUGGAGGCGGGGAUGCAGCGGUCGUCGUGCGAGCUGCUGCUGCUGGGCCGGCUGAGCGCGAUGGGCGAAGAUGGGGUGGUGGAUGUGCGCAUCGCGCUGGCGCGCACGCUAGGCCAAAUGUGCCGCAAGGAGGAGCUGUACGCAUCGGGGCAGUCGCGCAGCAAGGAGCUGAACCGGCUGAUCGCCAAGCUGGCGCACGACGAGUCGGAUGAGGUGCAGCAGCCGGUGUCGGGGAUCUUGUCGAACGAGGAGGUGGCUCGGUACGCUCCGCAGCCGACGAGCGAGGAGCGCACCCGACGCAAGCUUGUGCUCGGCCCCGCUGACGGUGGACCACACCGACCGUCGGGCGAAAGCGGCUCGAUGAGCCAGUUUGUGGAUGCCGAGGGCGACGAGGGCGAUGCGCAUGUCUUUCGCAUGGACGAUGACGAGGAGAGCGGCAGUGUGGAUGCGCCAGCGUCCGGUGCGGGCGAGCAGGAGGCUGCCUCGAGCGGCGAGUCUGGGCAGGGCGAGGCGGAAGGCACGACGACGGCGUCGGUGUCGCAGUCUGCGCAGCACCUGGAAAUGUCGCGUGCGAGCAUCUUUGGCGGAGUGCAGCGGCAGGCCGAGAGCGGGUUCGGCUCGGACUGGGUGAACCACAACCGGGCGGCGUUGUUCGACUAUGGGGAGAACGAGGAGGAGGACGAGGAUGAAAGCGACGACGACGACGACGACGACGGCAUCGAGGAGGAUGGAAUUGACGAGCCUCACCAUCUGCUCAACGUGGACCGGGACUCGAGUGGGUCGGGCGAGCUGAUCGAGCACGAGACGCUCAACGAGGACGAAGGGGAGGCUUGCGAGCGCAACGCAGCCGGAGAGGAUACACAGGCGGAAGCUCAGAAUGCAGACGACAGCAUGAUGGAGGAGGAGGAGAGCGCGGCGGAUCACGGUCUCACGCUGUCGUCGCCGCAGCGAGUGCUGGAGGGUGACGGCAAGGGCGGCGAGGGCGGCGCAGGCGAGAGUCCGAGCCGAGUUGGUGGGACAACGGCAGCAGCGGCAGCGGCGGCGAAAGCAGCGGCGACGAGUGGAGGCGGAUCCAAGGCGGCGGAUCCGUUCCUGGCGUUUGUAGCCGGACGGCGGUCGCAGGAUCUUCCACGGCUGCAGACGGGCGGCGGACGCGUGGGUGGCAUGGAGAAUGCGAGCAAGCGGUCGCGGCUGGCGAACGGAUCGGCCGGACCGGAGCGCGCGCUGGCCGAGUCCGGAGCCCAAGACGGCGAAGAGGGCGAGAUGCUGCAGAGUCCCAACGGCGACGACGAGAUGAUGGGCACACGCUUCCACUCGAAGAACUCGGGCGACUGGUCGCAGCUCAGCGGCAUCGUGGCGCCCACCACCAACGAGAGCCGGGGCAGCACACCCGAGGGCGGUGGGGAAGACGACUUUGUGCGCGUGUAG